CUUUACGGCCGGUGCUUGGCGGCGGGCCCGUGGAGCCGGAAGCGGGCAGCGGCGGUGGUCGUGAAGGAGGCCGGAGCUGCCCCUGCCGAGCGGGACCCCAUGAGGAGGAGGAAACAGCAGCGGCGAGGGCUGUGCUGACUGAGGCGGGGGCCCGGCCAAGAUGAAGCUGAGCACGCAGGCCUACUGCAAGAUGGUGCUGCACGGCGCCAAGUACCCGCACUGCGCCGUCAACGGGCUCUUGGUGGCCGAGAAGCAGCCGCAGCCGCAGCAGCAGCAGCAGCAGCGAGGCCGGGAGAGGGAGAGGGAGCCGACGGGGCCUCACCUGCCGGCGCACGCGCUCUUCGUGGACUGCAUCCCGCUCUUCCACGGCAGCCUCGCCCUGGCGCCCAUGCUGGAGGUGGCGCUCACGCUGAUUGAUUCAUGGUGCAAAGAGAAUAGCUAUGUAAUAGCUGGGUACUAUCAAGCUAAUGAACGUGUGAAAGAUGCCAGUCCAAACCAGGUUGCUGAAAAGGUUGCCUCCAGGAUUGCAGAAGGCUUCAACGACACAGCCCUCAUAAUGGUGGAUAAUAGUAAAUUUACAAUGGAGUGCAUAGAACCAACUAUUCACGUGUACGAACAUCACGAAAACAAAUGGAGAUGCAAAGACCCGCACUUUGAUUACUGUGAAGACUGGUCAGAAGCCCAGAGGAUCUCUGCCUCACUUCUGGACAGCCGGUCCUAUGAAACACUAGUAGAUUUUGAUAAUCAUUUGGAUGACAUCCGGAAUGAUUGGACAAAUCCAGAGAUUAAUAAAGCUGUCCUGCACCUCUGCUAGGGAGUCUCCCGUUGACUUGAUUUGUUGGCAUUUCCACUGUGCUGAAGAAGAAACAAAAGGGGGAGAUGAAUACUUUUUGAAUGUAAAUAAAGUACUAAAACGGUUCCUUCAAGUGAUGUGGAAAGCCAAUGAGUGAGACACAUUGCUUGGGAGAGAGAGAAAAAGGAUGUGUCACUAUGCAGUCAAAUCUUUUUAAUGAGAAUCCUUGAGGUUCCAACCGUAGUUUGCAGAUUCCUCUGUGGACUCUUCUCCUCCUUGGCAUAAUGCGUUGCUGUAACUUCUCCAGCCGGGAACUAGAUCCACUUAUCCAAGCUAUUCAUAUUAAAAAGUUUUGACUAACCUUUUAUAACCUUUAGAGAGUAAUUUUUAAAAGAUUUAAGAUUUAUGAAAUAUCUUCCAGAGAGUUAAUUGCUAGUUUUAUUUUUUAAAGAAUCAAAUCUAUAACUAUAAGUGAAAAUACGUGGCCAGUUUGAGAGCUGUUGUUCUAAGUGCUAACUGCUGGGUGUUGUGUGCCACCGUACUUGUUGCUAUGACAUGCUGCACAGGAAGAAAACAAUAGCUUGACAAGCAAUAUACCCACCAGAUGCUGCCAAGUUUCUCUGUCGUUCUGAGAAUGCUGCAAUUUUUCUGCCUAUCAGACUCAAAUGUAAUGAGCCUGGUCGUUUUUCACCAUGAGUGGUUUGCCCAUUCCAAGGACUCGUUGUGUCUUGAAGUGGUAAAAAAAAAAAAAAGCAAAGUGAGUUGCAAGAUUGUUCUUUGUUCUUGUUGUUUGUUUCAGGAGUGCUUCUCUUAACCUUGUGGUUAGAUGAACCUUGUAACUUCUUCUGUACAAAUGCACACCCAUGUGGUAUAGACAAGAUUACAACUAUGAAUUUCAGUUACUCUCAUUUUACUGACUACAUUCAGACAUAGUUAUGAGCACAACAGCCUUUGGUCUCAGGCUCAUGAACUCUCUCCUCACCUUCUCCCUUCCUCCUACAUGUUUUGCAGAAAACCAUAGUUUCUAUUUUGUCUGGACCUGUCUGGGGUUUCUGGUUUGCAGAAAUCAUAGUUUGCCAGGGAUCAGAUGAAACAGUGAACUGUGGUUCACUGUAAGCUUGCAAGAGAAGUUUUAAUCUCCCCUCCCAUGGAGGAAGGGAAUGUGUUAGUCCGAAAUUUGUUGUUGCAUCUGAGUGCAGCCAUUUUGUGAUGGUAUAGUUGUAUUUAAGAAUUGCAGAAGUUUAAAAAAAAAUAAACACACAAAUAUGAAGGGGCGCAGCUCAAAUUAAAGCUGCGUUGAAAUGAUUAGGAAUUGCUCAUGAACACGCCUGAAAGUCUUUUAUGGGAGGCACUCCUGUUUGUUAACGUCCUUUAUGUCUUGCAAACAGUCUUUAUAAAGUCAGUUUCAAACAGUUACACUUAGUACUGAGCCACUUUUGCCCAUUCGGAAAAGGCUUGUAAUAUAAUAUUGUAGCAUAAAAGAGUCUUAAAAUGCUUACAUGUGUCAGUUUAGGGUUUUUUCUUUUCUUUUUCUCUCUACAUUUACCUCUUGAUGGAGAAGGGGUGUGGCAUCUUCCUUGUCAUUAUUUUACAUGUAUUUUGUUUGUCUUUUCUAUUCCUACGGACCCUGUAUUAGCUUAACUUAACCUUUAUUUAUAACACAUUCUACAUUUUAAGCAGAAAUGGUUUGAGGUUUUAUGUUGGGAGAGAAAAAAAUGUUUAGCCGACCACCUGCAUUUCCUUGCUCCUCCCCCCUCCCCAUCACCUUGAAAAUAAAACCGAUGAAAUAAG